UUGCGCGUCUCCUUUUGCUCUUUGCUUCCUUGAUCCAUUUUCCAUCAUUCCUAGAUUUUGAUCGGGGUCCCGUUUGAUAUUUUUCCCGCUGCCCAUUUCUUUUCCCGUCUCUAACCCCAGUGGGAACGGCCGCUCGGAGCUCAGCCUUUGGAACCCUUCAACCAGCGCAGCCUCGGAGAUUUUUGUUAAUGCUUAAACAACAACCACCGGCUUUAUCUCGCUGCAUCCUUAUCUCCGCCCGUGCGGCGGCCGAAUUCCAUUUGGGAAAACGCUCCGGGAUGGAUUUAUCGGUGGCUCCGGCUCUAUCCCGCCGGUGGGUCGGGAAUGCCGGCUGGGUCUGCGUCUCCCGGGGUGAAUUCCCAGCGAACAGGUACCUGGCUCGCCCCUCCCAGCCCGCGGGGCGGGAGCGAGGGGCAGGAUCGGGGUUUGGGCUCUGCCCACACCCACUCGAGUCCCGGCGGGCGGAAAGGAGCGGCCCGGCAGCGAUCCCGCAGCGAUCCCGCAGCGAUCCCGCAGCGAUCCCGGCAUGGGGAACAUCGCCUGUGUCCCGCAGGCUCCCGGCGGCUUCCGGCGCUCCUUCCGAAGGAAACCCUCGCUGAAGAAGGAACAAAAUGGCAAGAAAAAGCUGCCCAACUUUUUUGGGAUGGACGGAGGGCAGGAGAGAGACACGACCACGGACAAAAUCCUGCAGUAUAUUCCAGCGAAGAUCAUUCAGAACCAGGAAAACCAGAAAGAAAACUUGGACCAGAGGUUCCCCAGCCUGUUCAAGAAGGGCCGAAGGAAAACGACUGUCAGGAAUUUGGGCAAAAUGAUUUAUUACUCCAAGGUCAAGUUUAAGUUCCAGCACUGCCAGGAGGUCAAUGACUGCUUCCUGGAGCUGUUCCAGUCCUACCUGUACUUCCAGUCUGCGGGCCCCAAUGGCGUCACCUACCAGGGGCUGCUGCCUCUGAAGGAGCUGCAGGUGCGUGAGCUGGAGGCUGGGCAGAGCCCCGGGCAGCAGGACCACGCUCUGCACAUCUCAGGCCCUCUGCUGAACCCCCUGGUGGUGUUCUGCCCCUCCGAGGCAGAGCUGAAGCAGUGGCUGUACCACCUGGAGAAGCAGAUCCAGCUCUGUGGAGGGAGCCUGGCCCUGCCCCUGCUGUCCCAGAGCGGCUGGAAGCAGAGCCCGGGGGGCAAGGAGGAGCUGCGCUGGUCCGUGCAGAACCUGCCCGUGCAGGACUGGAGAGGGACCCAGCGGGAAUCCCUGGGAGAAAUCCUCUGCAUCUCCAAGGUGAAGCUCCAGCACCUGCCCUUCCAGGAGCAGCACGACCGGCUCCUGGUGCUCUACCCCUCCACGCUGGUGAUCAUGUCUGAGGAGCCCAGUGGCCUCUGUUUCAAGGGAGAGCUCCCACUCAACGCCAUCCAGGUGCUUUUUGAGGAGAACGACAAAACCUCCUUUUUAAUCGAAGGCCGCCUGAUCAACUCCAUCCGAGUGACCUGUCCCAGCUACCAGGACUACCAGGAGUGGCUCUACUGCCUCAAAACCGCCCAGUUCCGAAACGCCGACUCCUCCCUCUCGGGGUCCGAGAGCUUCUCGGGGUCAAAGCCCCCACACCCCAGCCAGUUCACCAGCAGCGGGAGAGGAUCCCUGAGUUCUGACGGCCGCACCAACUCCUGGGCGUCCGCAGGGAGAGUGGCCACCCUGACCCAGCUGUCCCAGCCCAGCGGCUCCCUGCCCGACGGACACGCCUUCCUGCUGCUGCCCGAGGGCUGGCUGCUCGAGGAGCCCCUCUCCCCUGGCUACUCCCAGCCUCUCCACUGCCUGGCACAGCCCAGCUGGCCCAGCACGGCGCUGCCCACGCAGGACCUGCGCCGGGGGAACAGCGCCAGGAAAUCCAAGGGCAAGAGCAGCAGGCAGCAGCUGCCCAACCAGGACCCCGAGAGGAGCGGCUGCGGCCUCAUCCCUGCAAAUCCCAACGGGGAGCUGCAGUCCCCGGUGUACCACGAGCCCUACGCAGCUCACUGCCCCCAGCAGCACCCCCCGGCACACCUGGAGCUGGGCAGGUUCCUGCAGUGCCACGGACAGACGGGGCCAGCCCAGGGGAACCCGGCGGUCCCAGCCCCACAGCACCCAUCCCUGGAGCACUGGAACUGCAGGGAGGUGCCCACAGCCCCCACCUACAGUACCCCGGGCACCUCACGCCGGCUCCAGCUGCGGGCACCGGCCCAGGGCUCCUACCUGGGCGAGAUCUCUUCCCUGCCAGAGGAGCGGCUGGGCCCUUCGCUGCACCCCGCAGAUGGGAGCGGUGGCACCUACGGCCUGGCCGAUGCCGCCUGCCCCUGCCGGGACUCCUCGUCCUACCACGACUACGCCGAGCUGCAGAGCUUCCAGAGCGACCUCAGCUACGACAACCUGUGGGAAGCCGAGGAGAAGGAGCUGGGCACCCCCUGCAGCUCCUCAUCCCCUGCCCAGCAGAUUUACCAGGUCUAAGGGGUGCUCCAGGCACGGGAAAGCCCCCGGGCUCUUCCCUCACUGGGCUUCCCUCCAGGAUGAGGGGCCCAGGGAUGUGAAGGGAAGAGCCCUGCUCUGCUCCCCUAGCAGGUCCAGGGGUCCUGCCCUAAAUCUGAGGGUGGAGGCAGAGCCCAGCAGCCACAGCCUCUGUGGGGCUGGAGGAGCAGCGUGAGUGCCAUGCCCAGGGGGUGCUCAGGGAGAACAGCUUUGCCCCCUGAAAAUCCGGGGACAAAAAGGGUCCGGCUCCCUCAGGUGGAAGGGGCUCGGUGUUCGGAGGGAGCAGCCACUCAAAAGCCAAAAGGGUGCCUGGAUUAGUUGGAUUCCUUUGCAGCAGAGCCCUCAGCUGGUCCCUCUGAUCCCUGGGAACAGCCAAACCUUCCCCCAAGUGAGCUCUGGGGGCUGCCAGGAUGCACCAGAGGUGCCCCGUGCUGGCACACAAGGCUGGCAGCAAUGGUUGUGCCCGCAGGAUCGUCCUCCUGCAGGAGCAGGGUUAGGGCACAGGAUGUGGAGGGAAAAAACCCCAACCAGAUCUGAGCACA